AGUGCUCUCGCGGGUUCCGGCGCCUUCCAGUGGUCGGGCAGGAGCAGGGGCGUCGUGUUUCUUUGGUCGAGGAGGAACACUUUUCCGCCCCCGAGAGCAGCCGAGAGCAGUUCUCGGUGCUCCGUCGCCAGCGGCGGAGUAAAGAGAGCGCGAAGGAAGUCACAUGGCCUUUCUUACGUCACUUCUGGUUUUAUCCCCGGGGAGGCGAAGUCAAAAUGGCGGAAGGCAGCAGCCGUGAUAGUCGCCCAGUGGUGACGGCAGUUGCUAAGCGCCGCCGUCUGCACGAAUAAUUUUUUUUUUUAUUUCGAAAGCUUGCCCUUAGGCAUCUGCACGAAGAAUUGUUGCUGCUUUUGGAUGAAGACAGCAGCACAGAUUCAAGCACAAGCUCCUCUUCGGACAGCGGCAGCGACGACGAUGACGAUCUCGCGUUGUGUGAGUUUAUGUUCGAGCAGCUGUUUGCCCCGCCGGAGAAGCGACCGAAGGUAGGAGUCGUAUGUGGAAAGACGGUUGCCGCGUAUUCUGACGAAGAGUUUCGCCGAAACUUCCGACUGUCACGGGCGGUUGCAAAUUCGCUUGCUGCUGAGUUCGCGAAAUCGCCGCGCUACCCCUCACGGACUGAUCGCGGAGGCCUAGACCCCAAGUCACCUGAAGAGCAUGUCCUGUCCUUUUUGUGGUAUGCUGCCAACAAAUCCUGCAUACGGGAUGUUGCAGGCCGGUUUGAGGUUGGGGAAAGCACGCAACACAGGAUGAUGUACCGCGUCAUGGAUUUCCUUCUCGACAUUGCACCCCGCAUCGUGACCUUCCCAGAUGACUUGGAAAAACUUGCCAAUGAGUUCAAGCACGUUUCAGGGUUUCCAGACACUAUUGACUGUAUUGACGGGAGCUAUAUUCCGGUUAGGUGCCCUGCUGGUAAAGUGCGGUCAGUGUAUGUAAACAGGCACCACUACCCAUCGUUGACGCUGCAGGGAAUAUGUGAUAACCGGAAGAGAUUCCUUGAUGCCAGCACUGGUGCACCCAGUAAAGUUAACGACUCCAGGAUCUUCCGGCUUUCAACCAUUUCGAAAAAACUGCCUCAACUCUGCGCUGGAAAAUACCACAUUCUUGGGGAUGCAGCGUACCCAUCUCGCGAGUUUCUGAUGACGCCCAUUCGAGACUAUGGAAGCCUCUAUGCCUCUGACAAGGCAUUUAGCACCAAACUUUCAUCUACCCGAGUGCUAAUUGAAAAUGCGUUUGGGGAGUUGAAGGGUAGGUUUCGGCAGCUACAGCGUUUGGACCUCACGACAGUAGACAACAUGACAAAAUUUAUUCUCGCAUGUUGUGUCCUCCACAACAUCUGCAUUGACAAUGGUGACUUACCUGAUAGCCUAGUUCAGGACACGCGUCUGAGCGCUCAGGCUAAUAAUGAUCAGAACCCUACUGCAGCCGCAGUCGGCAGUGGAACAUCUAGAGAAGAGAGCCUCUUACGGGCACUUCAGAAGUUAAACGAGAAAAACUUAAGUCCAAGAUGGGGCUAAAAAGGAGGCAGCCACAAAAUCUGUCAUAAUGCAAGCACAGUGCUCAAACAUAAAAUGCACGCUUGAAUCAACGCUUAAGCAGAAUCUGUUUUUGGCCGUGUAUAGGAACAUUGUUGUGUAUGCAAUAAACAGUCACGAAAAACAUGUUCAU